AUGUCUCUCAACGGCGGACAUUCACCACGACUUGACCCCCGGGCGACGCCUACGACAGCUCCUGGACUCCACGUCGUCAAUCAUCGUUGCGCCGGGAGUACAGGCGCUGGGACCUGUGCCUCUAAACUUGGCCAGCCUGAUCUUGGAUUCGCCUCACUUAACGACAUGAGAGAACAUGCCGAAAUGAUUGCCAAUCUGGACCCUAGUGUACCGUUGAUUGCAGAUGCCGACGCUGGUUACGGAGGCCCUAAUAUGGUCGCCAGAACGAUUCAAACCAAACGGUGCGGCCACCUCAGCGGCAAAGAACUUGUCAGUACCGAGGUCCUCGUGCAGAAGAUCACCGCCGCCGCCCAAGAACGCGAACGUCUUCAAUCCGAUAUCCUGAUCAUAGCUCGAACCGACGCAUUGCAGACUCAUAACUUUGACGAAACGAUACUCCGAUUAAAGGCUGCCAUCAAAGCUGGCGCUGAUAUUGCAUUUCUAGAAGGCAUCAAUUCUAAAGAACAGUGCAAGGCUGUUCGCGAAGCGCUAGCGCCUACGCCAGUUUUACUCAACAUGGUUGAACACAGCGCCACGCCGUCUUUGACGCCUAACGAGGCGCAAGAGCUUGGCUUUCGAAUUAUCAUCUUCCCAUUUGCUGCAAUUGCGCCGGCUUAUGAGGCCAUACGGCAAACAUACCAGAACAUCAAAACUACUGGACGAACCGGGCUGGCUUCCGACUUCACUCCGAAGAAGUUGUUUACCGUCGUUGGCCUGGGGGAAGCAGCAAAAGUGGACGCCCAGGCUGGAGGCGCCAUGUACAGCAUGAUCUAA